CGCAAGGCCGCAGCUUGGCUGGUCCAAAUCUAGCGCACGCGCUCUCAGCCCCGCCCGCCUCGAUAGCCAAGACCGGUCCACAUGGUUUCUUAACCCACGCCUGUCUCGGGUGGCUUGCGGGUGGCUCGCAGGUCGGCCGUUCGCCGUGGGGGCUUCAAGCGAUAGCCAGCUUGGAGGAGGCGACCCAGGCCCCAUUCACUUCUCAAUGAGAAAAUGGGAACGAGAGUGGGGACAGGGCGCCCCCACUUCAGUUAAGAACUGACGAGGAGAGGCUGUUUUCCCCAUCCACUCCCCAGGCCCCACUACAAUCAUGGCCGGUCUCUACCACGACGACGUGAUCCCGGUCGCCCUCGCCGAGACCGAGAAGCGUGAUGUGCGCAUGGAGCAGCGCGCUGCGUCCCUUUCUUCGGAGAAGAAGGACGGCUCGGCCCUCGCCCACGUCUCCUCGCCUGCUCACGACAUUACCGACCCUUCGGACCCCCACUACGGCGACGAGUUCCCGACCGAGGAGGAGGUGGCGCACCUCCACCGCAUUCCUGACAGAAUCCCAUGGGCCACCUACCUUGUCGCCUACAUCGAGCUUGCGGAGCGCUUCUCCUACUACGGUUGCACCGUUGUUUUCACAAACUUCAUCCAGCAGCCUCUGCCCCCCAACUCGAACACGGGUGCUGGCAAGGAUGACUACCGCUCUGGCGCCCUUGGCAUGGGUCAGCGUGCCUCUACCGGUCUCACCACUUUCAACACCUUCUGGGUUUACGUCACGCCUCUCUUUGGCGCCUACCUCGCUGACAAGUACUGGGGUCGCUACAAGACUGUUUGCGUGGCUGUUGCAGUCGCCAUGGUUGGUCACAUUAUUUUGAUUAUUGCGGCGAUUCCCCAGGUUAUCGUCAACAAGGGCGGCGCUUUGGCGUGCUUCAUCAUUGCUAUCAUCAUCAUGGGCGCGGGAACAGGUUGCUUCAAGAGCAACAUCUCGCCUCUUGUCGCUGAGCAGUACACCAAGAAGAAGAUGUUCAUCCGCACUCAGAAGAACGGCGAGCGCGUUAUUGUCGACCCCACUCUGACCAUCUCGCGGACGUACAUGUACUUCUACUUCUUCAUCAACGUCGGUGCCCUGGUCGGACAGAUUGGUAUGGUGUACGCCGAGAAGUACGUCGGCUUCUGGCUCUCGUACCUUCUCCCUACGAUUGUCUUCUUGACGACUCCUAUUGUCCUCUGGCUUGGGUACAACCUCUACGUCAAGACUCCCCCCCAGGGCUCCGUUCUCGCAGGUGCACUCCACAUCUUCAAGUACGCCGCCAAGGGCCAGUGGACCCUUAACCCCGUCAAGAUGUUCAAGCGCAUGGGCUCGGACAGCUUCUGGAACCGCGCGAAGCCCAGCCAGGUUGUUGCCCGUGGCGAGACUCCGCCGAGCUGGAUGACCUUUGACGACAAGUGGGUCGACGAGGUCAAGCGUGGAUUCAAGGCCUGUGCCGUCUUCCUGUGGUACCCCAUCUUCUGGCUCACCUACAACCAGAUCAACAACAACCUUACAUCGCAGGCUGCUACCAUGGAGCUGCACGGUCUCCCCAACGACGUUCUCUCCAACCUGAACCCCUUCUCGCUCCUCAUCCUUAUCCCUCUUUGCGAUCUUCUCAUCUACCCCGCCCUCCGCAAGCGCGGCAUCCUCUUCACCCCCAUCAAGAAGAUCACCUGCGGUUUCUUCGCCGGCUCCGCGGCCAUGGUUUGGGCUGCUGUCGUUCAGCACUACAUCUACAAGACCAACCCUUGUGGCUACUCGGCCGCCACGUGUGUCGACGCUGCGGAGAAGCCUCUGGUUUCGCCACUCAAUGUCUGGAUCCAGUCCGGCUCCUACGUCCUCAUCGCCCUCGCCGAAGUGUUCGCGUCCAUCACUGGUCUAGAGUACGCGUUCAGCAAGGCUCCUGUGAACAUGCGCAGUCUCGUUAUGAGCGUCUUCUUGUUCAUGUCUGCGUUCUCGUCUGCCCUUGGACAGGCGUUCGUGUCGCUCUCGAAUGACCCGCUCCUCGUCUGGAACUACGCAUCGAUGGCUGUCAUCGCCUUUUUCGCUGGCUGUGGCUUCUGGUUGACGCACCGCCACCUGGAUGCCCAGGAGGACGAGCUCAACGCUCUGGACGCUGGCCAGCUCAACAAGAGCGACCGUGUCACGAAUUACGAGUAGGGAGUGAGGAAUUUGCCGUUGGUCGGUCGGCUUUAGUAAUCUGGAUUUGUAGGACUGGAGUGCACGAUGCUAUCAUUAUCUUUGAG